AUGUCCGGGGAGAAGCAGCGGCCGCAGGUGCCCGUGGUGAUGUACGAGCCGCGCCAGGAGCGGCCCCGGGCCGAGCCCUCGGCGCCGCCGCUGGGCCAGGACGGGGGCUAUGAGUAUCCUUCUCCCCCACCUUACUCGUACAGAGAAACCACCAUCAUCGAGGAGCCGGUUUAUUUGGUGCCCCAGCCUCCCAUCAUCGUGGCAGGGAUCUUCUCCAGCAAACCAACAUCCACAAUCUGUCCUUCCUGCCGCCAGCACAUCACCACCCAGGUCACCUACAGACUGGGCAAGCUGUCCUACCUCCUGUGCACCAGCCUGUGCAUGGUUGGGUGCUGCUUCGGAUGCUGCCUCGUCCCUCUCUUCAUCAGGAUCUUCAAGGAUGCAGAUCAUUACUGUCCAUGCUGCCAGUUUCACAUUUAUAGAUAUAAAAGACUAUAG